GCGUGGCCAACAAAUAGUUCGGUUGCAGUGGACGUCUCUCAUCAACUUUUGCUACUAGGCGAACCUUAUGCAAAGCCACUUAGCUAGCUACAUAACAUACACAUUUUAAACUUAUUUGUCGUUGAGUGUGGUGCAUUUCUGGCCAUUGGCAUCCACACUGGAGUUUGCAAUCGUCAGCAAACCAGCAAAUUCCAGAAGUGACGAGGAGACUCCAUUUUCGUAUGCGGGUCGCUGGGCUAGCGGAAAGCUAGCUGGUUAUGCUGCUAGGCUAACUUUCCCUGCUAGGCGAACGGGAGCCAGAGCAAGCGAGCAGCUUGCGAUAAAUUGUCAAUCUGACGAUACUUUCGUUGACUACAAAAGACUCCCAGCAUGCUGAUGGUGGGAGGCAAUGGACGGAUGCACUAGAAUGAGUGUGAAGGAGCUGUGUGAGACCGAUGACCUGGCCACCGGUUUGGUGCUGGACCCUUUGCUGGGCUUCAGCACCCACAAAAUGAACAUCAGUCCCCCACCUGAGAUCCGGCGAUGGGGUAACCUCAAAGAGACGCUGUUGCGUUUUCAGCGUACGCAUGACUUCAAUGCUACGUUCGAGGCGCUGACGGUGGGCGAACUGGCUGGUGACUACUUCAGUGCUUUGGGAAGCCAUCGACAGGAGCUGCUGAGACAACAUGUGUAUCGCUACCUCAGUGCCUUCCUGUUGGAUAGCGGUGUCAAAAUAGAGUCCUGUGACAGAUACUCCUCAGAGACCAAUGGAGCAAAGAUAACCUCAACGAGGCACUGGUUUGCAGGAGAGCGGGUGGAGGUCCUGCUGGGCUGCAUAGCAGAGCUGAGCCCCACCGACAGUGCCGUGCUGAGGGCAGGAGUCAAUGACUUCAGUGUGAUGUAUUCCACACGCAAACGCUGCGCUCAGCUCUGGCUCGGGCCUGCAGCUUUCAUUAACCAUGACUGCAAACCAAACUGCAAGUUCGUCCCUGGUGAGAAGAAUAUCGCUUGGGUAGAAGUGAUUCGACCCAUCUCACCUGGGGAGGAGAUCACGUGUUACUAUGGUGCCAGCUUUUUUGGCGAAGGCAAUGAAAUGUGUGAAUGCUGCACCUGUGAGAGGAAUGGAGAGGGUCACUUCAGACACAGAGGGAAGCAGCCUGAAUGUGAAGAGACAAAGGACCCUGUGGGGCAGAAGUACCGCCUGAGAGAGAGAUAUCUUCGUCAUCACAGAGAGAAGGGUCACUUUCCUACUAGGCCGAUUACACCAGGAAUACACUCAGGUAUCUUUAAAGCCAUCCCCUCAAGGAAUUCCUUUACCCAGCAGAUGAGGAGAAAUGCCUUGAAGAACAGAAAACUGAGUCAAACAAAGAAGUGGAGACGAGAGAAGCACAGACGGUCAGGAAAGCACCCAUUGAAAUCCUCUACAGUCAGACAGCGUCGGACAGUUCCACUUUUGUCCCAAGUUACACUGAGGGACCUCAGAAUCAGAGUACGGCGCCACUCAGUGGAUUUCUUACUCAACUGUAAGGAUCCAAACAGCAAAGAGCGGGCCUUGCUGCAAGAACUGGAGGAAGCAAAAGAAAUCCGGCUGAGUGAACUGAAUUCCACCGGUGAAGAAAACAACAACAGUGAGGUCAACUUAAAGCCUUUCACCCUAAAUUCUUCCAUGUCAGUGCAUCAGAAAAGUAGGCCUGCACUAAACAGCACUGACCUGAAUGGGAAGUCUGUUAAAGUGGUGGACAAGCAGGUAGUCCACAUUAGGACUUCUUCGAGGACGAGGAGCAUGGCUCACUCUGUGCUCACACAUCGGACAGGGUCCAGUAACACAGAUAACACUACAACUGUUGAGGUGGACAAAACCUGCAGUGCAAUAAAACAAGAGAAGACUGAAAAGGCAAUCACAGAAAGUCAAAGCAACAAGUGCAGCAGCGUUGAAUCCUGUGUCAGCGAUAUGGCUCAGAAUCCAGCUGCUGAGAAAACAGCGGACAAGACCAUCAGAACUUCAUCCCUGUCAGAAGUUUGUCAGCGUGCCACAGAUGGAUCGAAGAAAGCUGGGGAGAAUCCACUGAUAUCACUGAAGCAAUACCUUACAGUCAAUCUAACAAGGUUAUCAGUGCCACUAAGUGUAGGAGCAGAAAAGACAUCCGAAGACAGGAAAGCAAGAGUGGAGAUAAGAGGAAGGAGCAGGCAGAGCCAGUGUCCUAGACCAGCGACUCUGACAGUACAGUCAGAAAAGAGAGUGUCCAGGUCUCAGCAGAGGCAGGGAGGAGGAUCAGAGAUCUGCACAGCUGAAGGUAACAGAGGGGUGAGGGAAAUGUUUUUCAAGGCUGUCGAUAAAGUAAAUUUAAGGAAGCGACAUGCAAGUGAAACUGUGGGUGAUUUAGGCCACGGCCAGAAAAGGGGGGAUGGCAAGGUUAUUGAAAUACAAACGGUGUCAGAAGAAGAAAAAGAUUGUGUACAAAAAGAGCAGCAGGACAAAGGCAAAAUUGAAGGGGAGAGAGAAAAGAGAAAAGCUGCACCAACGGUUAUAGAAUAUAAAAGAAACAGGACCCUGGAAGAAGUGAAAGAGACUGAAUGUAAAGUAGCAUCCUGUGAAAAAACUAGAGGACAAAUUAACAUUCACUGUGUUAAAAAUAAAGUAAAGGAUUCAUGUAACGAGGAGGGAGUUGUUAAACUAUCGGAACAAAUGGUUAACAGUAUGACUAAACAGCUAGUAAGUAGGCAUGAAGAAGAUAUAGUCAUAAAGCAGGCAAAGGUUUUGCUGUCUGAUAUUUUAAGAAAAGAUAAACCCUUAAUAGGCAAGAGAUUACAGGGAGAUAUUGUAGGAAGAGGGCUUUCUACCUCGGCCUCUAAAGAAAUGCAUAGUGCUGAGGAGGAGGCAGAACAAACUGAAAUAAACGGAGGUAGGUACCAUCGUUCACUGCAGAGGAGCAUUACAGAAAGACGAAAGAUGAGGCCCAGAGCGGCGAAAACAAAAGCAGAAGAUAAGCAAAGCACCAAGGGACACUUAAGCAAAGAGGUUCCAACCACACUUAAAACUGAAUUGAGUGAAGACAGUUUACAGCUUCAGUCAACACAGAGGCAUAAUGACCCACCGGCCACCUGCCUCAACCCACUACCUCAUAAGUCACUAAUUGCAGAAAAAGCUACAAAUAAUGCGCACCCAGACACCAAUCCACAGGCACACAUACAGUCUAACAUACCUCUGAAAAAACGUACAUUUCGCAGCUCUGUGGAAAUAGACUCUGAACAAGGUUUAAAUCCUGCCUCAGAUCAAACUUCUAAAGAGGCUGCUGAAUUAAAUUCGUCUGCAGUGCUGAGACAGGACUUUACCUUGUGUUCAGAGGAGAGUAGCAAAGCAAAAAGAGACAAUAAAGGCAGAUGUAGAAGAACAGAACUCCAGAAGUUAACCCCCAAAAGGAUCACAAAACAAAACUGCUUUAACAGAGUGCUUCGCUCCAGAGCUAAUGAAGUUCAGCGAGGCUGUUUAUCGAGGAAAGUCCGAAGGUGUAAAGUAGAGAAUCAAGAAGACGACGACAUCGACAGUGCUCAGACACUAGAGAGUGAUAAGCUAGACGAGGGCAAACAAGCUGAGGACCCCUCUAAAAUCCAAGAGCAUUGUACUAAAAAUCCAACUCUAAAAAAUACAUUUCAAAAGAACAAUGAGGUGGAAACGUUAACCCAAGACAGUGAUUUGGAGGAGACAAAGCCUGGCCUUAAUUUUAAGAUUCGUUUCAAAAGGAGGAGAGGUAGAGUAUGGGAGAUGCAAAGUGCAGGAUUAGAAAAUAUGGCAUUAAAAACAGAAAAGGGAGAUGAACUGGUGACAUGCGAUCCUUUUAAAGCCAUCAUGGAUUCUGUAUCGGUAUUAAACAUGGAAAUGGAGGCAGCACAGGCUCAUGUCCAGGCUAGUAAGAAGUCAAAGAGCAGAUUGCAUCGUUUGAAAAAGAGAGGCGAGAGGCUGUGUGAAAAGCAGGUUAGAAUUUUCUCCUCAGACACAAAAUUAAAUAAAGACCAAGACCCUAGAAAUGUUGAAAAUGCAUGUGAAACCAGUGAAUCUACCAGUGACAAAGUAGAAAUUAAAGAGAAACUUGAUAGGGAGCGUCUGCUUGCAGUGAAACAGUCGCCUGAAAAAAUGGAGUGUCAGAAAAAUGACAGGGAACCUUUUUCAGCUGUGGGCCAAGAAACAAAAAUUGAAGACCGAUUUGUACAGAAUUGCUGUCUGUUUGAAACUGGGUCACAACAGAAACAGGAGCCGGCACUGGAUUCAAAUGGUCUUCCAUUACCAGUAAUUAAACUACGCAGAAAGACGGAGGAUAUUUGGGAGGUGGACAGCAAAGAGGAGCUCAUACAAACUGAGCUUAAAGUAGAGCCUAAAGUUAAGAAAGAGAUAAAGGAUCAUGUUUUAGGAAAGCAAAAGAAAGGAUGUAUUGAGUUUAGCAAGCUCAAAGAAGAGUGCCCAUCCUCUCAGAGACUGAAGAGCAGCUCAGCCCUUUUGAAAACAGAACCGCCACCAUUUUCCUUGUCUCUAUCACCACUGUCUCUGUCUUCCCCUCUAAGUGACAAUAAAACUGAAAUUAUAUCCUCGGCUGCAGAUAGAAUCAUUGACAGGCCAGAGAUGAACAGUGGAGGAAGGAAACAGAGGCACAAAAUGGAGAGAACACGCAAGUGUGGGCUUGUAGAAACACCCACCACUUGUCUUAGUCACACUCUCCAACAAAUUGACAACAGUCUCUCCAGGCUCUCAGAAGGCUUGUGUUCAUCUCAGACUUUGGAAAAACCAACAACCUGUUCAAGUGCUUCUAAUUCUGUUAUCCAGCCCCCAUCCCAGUUUCCUCCAUUCACAACGGCAGAUAAUAUGCUGACUGGUGAGCCCAGCUUCACAAAUUGCUGCGAUGAUAUUCUGGACUUUCAGUGUCUCAACUUUGAGGGCUAUUACCAGCCACAAAACAUACUUCCAUCUUCUCCAUCAGAUCUGUGUUCACUGGAUCCACCCACAGAUCCUUUCAGCAGUCCCCUCUCUCACAGCCCGUCUGACACAUGGACUACUGAGACACCGUACCUUGGCCCACCCAGUCCAGGAAAUAACUUUACCAGUGAGGAUCUUCAGUUUUUUCCAGGUCUAAUUUCUUCCAAAAGUGACUCUGUUCCUCUGGAAUGUGAAGCGAAGGAUACCUCCAAAGACAGAAACCCACCCAACCCCAGUUUUAGUUUUUCAGCUCUCAGCAACUCUGACUUUACUGCUAAGGAUCGAAUUAUGAGUAAAAAUCCAGGAAUGAGGCUGUGCAAAGAAGACCUCAAAAAUCAGUCAUUUUCUUUAGUCGGCAAGCCUCGGUCGUUUGGGGCAACAUCAUCUUCUGUUGCAUCUCAAAAUCCCGUCAGUUUUACCCAGCCCUCCAUCAACGUCAGGCCGACCACCAGCCACUCCAAAGUCCAGACGAACCUUAGAACCCAGGGCCCCUUCCACCGUAUGACCAUUCCCAGUAAAUCCCAGUCGUUUUCAAGCAGUAGUCAGCCAAACACAGUCAGAGGAGUGUCCCAGAGUUGCUUGACAAAGUCCGUCCCAACAUCUCAAAUGUCAAACAAAUUCCUCUCUCCUCAGCUCUUCACUGUGAAAAAUCCCAAUCCUCCAGACAAUCCAUUCAACUUCCAUGAGAAAACCUCUACUGUUAUUCACAGGGUGCUUAAGUUUCAGGGGGGCAACCAGAGUCAGAACUUGUAUAGUGCACCUUGUAAAGACACCACGGCUGCUGGCAGCCCAACCGUCGUGUCCAGAACACUCGGUACCAGAUCAGGUGCUAUUGACAAGACCCAGCAGAGUCAGAAACUUGGAGUUAGCAUAGACAGCCAUCAUAAGGGCAACAUGCCUGUUCAUGGGUUUGGAAAAGAUGUCAGCCAUCUUGGUUCCUCCACCCACCACAACAGAUCCAACCUCCAUUUCGGCAAACCCAGCUCCUCUUUCCCUCAGUCUUUUAGUAAAAGUAAGAUGUCAUCUGAUAAGCACGAAAAUGAAGAAAUCAACAUGACAUACAAAAACUUUUCUGCGCUGCCAAGACCCUUCUUCUUUCCUAGCAAAAUGUCUGACGGUUAUUCAUCGCCGCAAGACAAGAGUUUGAAACAUGAUAAGUCCACUCCGUCAAGCUCCGAAAAACACCAGCCAUGUUACACUCAGCAAGACCCCUUUGAUUUCAGUUUCGGCUCAUCUCUUUCGCCCAUGUCUCAGCACAACAGCCCCCAAGUGGCCCACAGUACACCUCCUGGUACGCCAGCACCAGCAAACAAGAGCCAGUCCUCAACCUCCUCAGCCUCUUUCCCUUACGGCUAUCAAGGUCCUCCUUACGUACUCAACUUCAGUGGCGAUCAUUCAUUGACCCUGGGUCUCAGGGAUGGGGUGGAUGGUUACCCCGGACUCAGCUCAACAAACUACACCUACCAUUGCCUGAUGGAGCCGUCAGGCACACAAGGGCGGCUGGUUCUCGAGCCCUGUGGGCCCCAGCUUUCAAACCCAGCGUCUUUCUCCUUGGGUGGAUUUUCAGGGCUUAAGGGUCAGGAUGAACACUGUAGGAAGGACAUGCAGCAACAGUGCCAGCCAGGGGAACAACAGGGCCCACCACAUUAUGGACCUGUUACAACAUCUCACUCCAUGGGUGCCACAAAACCCAAGAGGGUGAGGUUGGUGGUGACAGACGGCACAGUAGACUUAGAUCUCCAGUACUCGGAUUAAUUUAUAUCUGCCGGUGUCACUGCAUACAUUUGAACAUUGUUUUGCUCAAAGGGGAUUAUACAGUAUCUGCCACAAAAUGUUUUUGUAAACAUGGUAAUUCAUAGUCUACCAGUUAUUAAAGCCCGCUGGCUGAUUGACACUUUUCUAAAUCAUUAUUUUGAUGGACUGUUAAUGUAUGAAUGACUUGUACAGGGUUUUAUGUAAAGCGUGUUUUACUGUAUGAGUUUUUAAAAAUGAAAUAGCCACUACAAAUUUGCUGAGAAUACCAAAUUUCAGAAAACAGAGCAUUAAAUAUAUUUGUGACUGGAGGUUUGGCCCUGUAAACAUAGAAAGCCCUCUUACUGUACUGUAACAUAGCUGUAUGAAUUUUCUAUAUAUGGCAGUAGAGACAGGAGCAGCGUCACUGGUUGCUGGUACUUGUAUCAGUGGGUUUUAAAAAGGCAGCUUUGUGCCUCAGUCUUUGAUAUGUUCUUGUGACUUUUUGAAGCACCUGUUGAAACAGUCUACCCUCGUUUUUAUACACACAGUAAGCUCUUUUAUCACUAUGUGUGUGUGUGUGCGUGUGUGUGUGUGUGUCUAGCUCUGUGUGAGUGUGUGCAUGCAUUUGGCAGGCAGGUCUUGAGGGAUCAAAGUAAGGUGUGUGGUCGUACCUGAUCGCGUGACUGUCGCUCUGCCAGAUUUAACUAAGGUCAUUAGUCAUUAGUGCAUAUAUGAAAGGCUCGUGCAUGAACAGUGUACAGUAAAACGAUUUCCAGACCUGAAACAAUAUAUAUUCUAGGAUUACUCUUCUCGGUGAUGACGUGUGACAUGACUUGCAGCUUUUCACAGCUGCUCGGUUGAGUACCCAUGUGGACGAGUGAGUGGGAGAAACUGCAAUAUGUGUUUUUCAGGCCAGUUGUGCUUAAUGGAUUGAAGGAUAGUACAACAUGACAUCUUUUGUAAUGGGAGUUCUCCUAGUUGGAAGUUUUAAGCGACACAUUUCAAUAUUACCAUGUUACAUCACAAAAAAAGUGGCAAUCUUCUCACAGAGUAACUCACUUUUGUCAUUUAUUUGGUCUUUGUUUUUUUUCCAGGGAAAGAACAGAAGAAUUAGUUGUGCAUCACCUACAGUAGUUACUGAUGAUGGAGCCACACAUUCAUAGGUGUUUAUAUUGUAACCGGAGUUAUUUGCUGUCGAUGUGGAAGUCACGUGAGCAUGAUGUUCUGUACGUUGAACCCAUUUAACAUCAUUGGACAGGAGUGUUCAGUGUGACUGCACAGCCUUACAUUACUACCAUGAAAAUGUACUGUCUUCAUAUGGAAAGGCCAAUUAUUUAUUUUAAUAUUCUCAUUCUUGAAAAAGGUGCUUUAAUGUAAUUUAUAUUUCACAUUGAUUGUUCAAACUAUUACAUGUUUUUUUAUUGUUAUUUAAUGGGACAAAAUACUGAACUGAAUAUUUACAUUGAGUAUUUAAUUUCAAAGCCUUUGACAUCUUAUCUUUUUUUUCUGUUGUUACAGGUAAAACUUUCUCUGUCUUUUUUUCUAAUUGGCAGUUAGUCUUACUGAAAGUCUGCUGUAGAAAUGUACAAAUGUAGCCUAUAUCAUUAAAGACACUUAAUUCCUUUUUGUA